UUCCUUUUGCACCCUUAAUUGGCUAUAUAAAGAAACAUCGAUGGUCCUUGACAAAAGCUAGCUAUAGCUUGUGAGCAACAGAAGCAUUCGCCGAACCAUUAUUCAAGCUGCAGCAAUGGCUGAGAGGAAGAUCGCCGUCGUCCCCGUGUUGUUCCUCGUCAUCCUCAUGGUGGUUGUCGCGUUGGUGCCGGUGGCCAACGCCGACGCUUGCAACGACGAGUGCUACAAAGGAUGCGAGAAGGACGCAAAGAAGAAUGACGUCCAUUCCUGCACCAUCACUUGCGACGACAUGUGCCACCUCAAAGCCAAGUCCCAGUUGUACGCUGCCGCGUCACCCGACGAGAAGGCUGCUGUGGCGAAAACCUUUGAGAAGGAGGCCUCGGAUGCCAUUUCCGAGGACGCCGCCGCGCCCACUCCCGGAUUCGCGACGCUCGACUCCGGCUGCCUCCGUGAGUGCAAGAACAACCUCUGUCACGGGGGGAAGGACAACCCCGCAUGCACCACCAGGUGCGACAACGUCUGCCGCGAAGAGGUGGAGGGUCUUGCCUUCGCCGGCAAGACGUACGCCCAGUCCCCGGCGGCAGAUAACAAGGCCAUUAUUGAAGCCAUCGACAAGCAAGCCGGCGGGCCCCACGACAACGUCGAGACACUAGCUGACAUCUGCAUCAGCGAUUGCACCAAGUUGUGCGAGAAAGACCCUGCCUGUGUUGCCAUCUGCGAAAAUGGUUGCCGCGGUAGAUCGGUGAACCUUGCCUUCACCUUGUCCACGUCCACCGAGAAGGAGAGCAUCAAGAAGGAUAUCGAAGCUGCCGCUGCUGCUGCCACUGCCACGGCCAGCAAGCUCGUUGGGGCUGUGUGAUCGAUGCCCAUCAAAUUAAUUUCACUCAUGCAUGCACCUAAUUUUGUAAUAGUAGCAUGAUAUAAGUGAUCGAAGAAAUUCACUAACUAUUGGAUUAUUUUUCAUGAUUAAAAGGAAUAUGGGGUUUUCUUCACUACACCCCUCAGCUGAGAUCAACCAAUACCCCUUCAUAGUUGAGGGUAUGAGGAUCAUUAGAAAUUAUUAAGUAAGAAUCUAGGCCUACUGAAACAUGUAUGACCCAUUUGGAUCCGUAUGCAUCCGUACCCACUGUAUAUAUAUCUUUACAAAUUAUCAAGGUCGUGGUUUCCCCAUCCUUGUCA